UGGUGCGUUGGCUGUGCAAUGGAGCCUGAAAAUAUUGAGGAAUACGUGGAAGAAAUUCAGCAUUUGCUCUCUCAUUAUUCAUGGCUUUUUGAUUUCAAGAUGACCCAGAUGUUAUCUGGAAAUGUGUUUGAUUUAAUGCCUGUACACUGGUUUGAAUUUGGCAAAGAUGCAGCUGUGGAAGUAUUACAUGAUGUAGCGGAGGGAACUCCUAAGGACAACUGGCCACCGGGAUUGGCUUCGUUUGUCGGCCGUUGUGGCCGUCUGCGGCCAUUGCAGCUGCGGUGCGAUGAGCCGACCAACGAGAGUCCCCUGCCGGAGGCGCUGACGCGCGGAGUCUCGGCCAAGAAGCGGCACGAGUUGCGUCGGAUGGUGCCAGCCGUGGCCGGGCUGUGCACUCGGACAGGCUUACAUCUGGUGAUGGACGUCGGCGCAGGGUUGGGUCACCUGGCCGAGAGUUUGCGGCAGUCGACGCAGCUGCGUAUCCUUGGUGUGGAGCGAGACGCGUCGCUGUUGGAGGCCGCUGGCCGCCGGCGGCGGAGGCUGACUGAGUCGGGCGCCGCCGGCUGUCCCGCCUGCUUGCGGAUCGUGCGCUGCGAGGUUGCCGACUCGGACUCGGGUCAGCAGCGGCUGCAGCGGCUGGCUGCCGAGUUCGCCGCCGACCGGUGCGCCUGCCGGGACGCCACUCAGCAGCCGACUGGCGGCUGGUGUCUGACCGGCCUGCACUGCUGCGGAGACCUCGCCCCACAGCUGCUGCGGCUGCUGGUGCGGCUGCCCGAGGCACGCGCGCUGCUGCUGCUCUCGUGCUGCUACCACAAAGCGGCGGACGGUCGACUGCUGAGCCGGCGGCUGGCGACGGUGCGGCUCGGCCACUUCGGACGCCGCCUGGCCUGCCAGCAGUCGGUGUCUGCCUGGUGCCACCAGUCGGCCGCCGAUCACGCGCGGCAUGCUACUGCUGUCGGCUGGAGAGCUCUGCUGGAGGUGGUCGCCCAGCGGACCGGCCUCACUGUCUCGGAUCGGCGCCGCCACGGCACGCACCGGUACGCCAACUUCGCAGAGUACGCGGCCGCCAUGUUGGGGGCCGCCGACGACAACGCUGACUGCGACCAACGGCUGCUGCAGUGCACGGCGAACGAUGUCUUUAAACAAUACGGAGCUCAGCUGCAGUGUGUCGAAUUCCUGACCGCUCUGCAGGCCUGUCUGCAGCCGGUUUUGGAAGGACUGCUGCUGCUCGACAGAAUGCUCUUUCUUCGCGAGCACGCCAUCUCAGCGGAGCUGAUGCCGCUGUUCGAGGACCAACUGUCACCAAGAACUUGGGCAUUGAUGGCAUGGAAAACGUGAGUACAAACAUCGGGGAUGCCCCUGCCUCCAGGACAAGGUUUGUGCUUCAGUAUUUUUUUUUUUGUAUUUUAAACUGGUCAUUGGAGCACUGGUACAGAUGUCUGACAGAACACCACUUAACAAAUGACACUAGUAGUUAGAGAUAUUAUCUUUACAUUAUUUUUUUCUUCGCCAAAAUAUGCCAUUUUUGCGACUGAAAUUAUGACAAAACAUGUGCCGAAAUCGUGAAAACUUGUUAAUUGGACCACACAUUUUUUUCCUGCAUAAUUCGGCCUUUUUUAUGCGACACGGACCUUACCUUUUCCACUGACAGUUGUUCGCACUUCGUUCUGGAUAGACCGAUUGUAAAACAGCCUGGAUACCAUAAGCCGCGACCGAUUUUCUUUGGCGAGGCGUCGUCUUAUGUCCGUCUGCACAUCGCGGUAGAGGGAAAACAAUCUUGACUCGACCUCAAUGCUAGUGACUGGCGCGUAUUUGAAGCAGGCCAUGUGUUCCGGCGUCCUUGUGGGCGGUAGCACCGCACUGGAAUCUUCUUCCCGCAGGGUGCUAUUGAUGACAUUUAGCACUGCGAUAUCCGGAUUUCUCGGGAGAACUCUUCGAAUGUCGCCUAUAGUUUCUACUUUCUGCCCUUUCUCACCUGGUAUCCGACUACAUAUUUUUUUCGAUUUGUCCAUCAGGGACAGUGCACCGUGAACCGACUGCGCAGCCUUUUCCAGCUUCUUUAGAGCUGCAGGAAUGAAAGUCAGAUUUGCCGGCAAAAACGCCGGAUCUCCACUCAGCACGGUAUCCUGCACGGCCACUUUCGCUCUCUCGAUGGCAGCCGCUUCUUGGAGUCUAGUCUCUCUAGCACGGCCCGAACACGGAGACCCCCUAAGCGGGAGGUCUGACCGAGUGUAUUUUGGGCCUGAGUGCCGCUUUUCCCGACGGAUCGUUUUCCAAACUUGAGAUGUCUAAAAUAUUUGAGAUUAUGUUAAUUUUUUUGGGAUUUGCAUUUUAUGGAUUUUAUGGGAUUUUCCUCCGAAGUCAUAUUUGUGUACAAAAAAAAAAAAAAAAAAAACGAUACGUGAUCACAUGAAAUUUGAAAAUCCGAUCUCCACUAUUAAAGAGCUCCAUAGUAAACUAUUGCAAUCCGCACGCGCUGACACAACCUCUCAUCAUCUUGCAGUUUGCACGGCACCUUCAGGUCCAUCUGACGCAACACAUGGUGGAUUAUGCUCUUUAAAUGGACGUCACUCUUCGCUUGUUAUCCUCCUUGAUAUGCAUUCUGCUUAUCCUGGCCCCAGAAGUUCUCGAUCAAUCGCAAUUGAUGUACCUACGUUUGGAAGGCUCUCUUGGCAGGCGACAAACGGCACGUACGCGCUCCCCAGCAGUUACAGAGUUACUCAUACCUAGUGAGCCACGGCGCGUUCUGGCUAGAACACGUAAUCUGUUUGGGUAGUGAUGUGUCAUAUGUGACUGGAAAGAGCGCAUUCUAGAUGCAUUUCUCUCGAUGAACCUUACCGCUGACAUUGGCCCGACUUGAUAUAUCACGGGCUCAGAAAUCGGGCUUCAUUACGCCCUGCGUUUUUUCCUCCGUCGUCUUCCUCCAAAAUGUGU